AUGGUCGGAAAUAAAAUGAAUCCACGACAGAUGGAUGUGCUUGGAAGAAAAGAAGUCAUUGAUUUAUUGCAUCAACGACUAGAUGGUUCAAUCAAAAGUUUACGCGAACUGAAGUCUCGGAUCGCGGAAGAAACUGGAGAGCAAAUUCCACUAACAACGCUUUGGCAAAAUGUUCACAGGAUGAGGGGAGAGGCGACUGGUAAACCUACAUGUUGUCGAGGGGUGACAUCUCGUGUUUCUCGUUCUAGUGAGUCCAGAAACAGAAUUCAGGUAGAUGACGAUUAUGAUGGUGACGAUGAUCUUUGUGCAUAUGAUUCAGGAGUUGAGCAUUCUAAAGUUGCUGGUCCACCUUUACGUCGAUCAACUCGUGUUCUUAAACGGAAAAGUUAUUCCCCAACGUUCACUUCAGCUGGUUCUGAUUCAAGAAAAUCUCAAGCUGGCUCAACUCCAGUAUCGAACAAUAACAUUACUAUGGUUACACAUUCAGUGAGAUGCUUAGGAAUGCCAAAAAAACAAAGAAUUACGAGACGAAAAAAGGUAAAUGAGCCGAAGGAUUGGGACAGGGAUAUGGAAGAGAUAAUUAGACAGGAGGCAUUGAGACACGAAGAAGAAACUAUUGAUGAUCCUCUAGCCAGAGCAAAAUCAAAAGUCUGGUUGUUUUGUGAAAAAAUUGAGGAAGAUGGGGAGUCGAAAGCUAAAUGCAGGAUAUGUGGAAUGGUUAUGUUACGGAGGUUAGGAUCGACUAGAGCAAUGUUGCGUCACCUAAGGAAGAUGCAUAACAAUCUUAUUGAGGGUAUUAUCAGGCCUGUUACCAAGCGUGUUACAUCAAUAGCUGGCAAACCAAGAGCCAAUGAUGGAUUCGAUAUUGAUGAUGAUAGUGCAUGGGUAGAGGAACUUGAUGAAGAAGAUUUUGAUGAUUUUGAGGAACAAUAUACAAUUGCACCACAGUGUAUUCAGAAAGCUAAAGUUGUGUCGUACGGUGAUUAUCAAAAUGAAAAAAAUGUGUCAUUCACAAAUGAAGUAUUCGUUCGAGAGGAUGGCUCCUAUGCUGAAGGCGAUGAAUAUGUAGAUGUAGUUUAUGUUCAGGAUGGAAAUUCGUUUGAGGAAGUUAUUUCGAGGAAUGAUGGAAGUGCUCUCGCCAAUAAAGAUCUGGCAACUUUGGAAAGUGGAAACAGUUUUAAUUUACCAUUGCGUUUGAAGCGCAGUAUUUCUGAUUCUGAUAUCGCUCAUUUAUGCGCUAAGGAUAAUAUUCGCCUCCGUCUUGACGAUACAAAUUUGGAGGCUGCAAGUAGACCAGUAGAAAAUAUAAACUUAUUGUCGGAGGGAGAAAAGGCGGUACAAGAUGCUGAAGAUGAUGAGCAUUUUGGUCGCAGCAUAGCUUCAACUCUUCGUACAUUUUCUCCGAGCCAACGUGAACUGGUUCGUUGUGCCAUUGUACAGUGCAUUGAAGAGAUGCGAACAGCUGAAGUGGUUAGGUCAGGAGAAACGGGACUUUUAGAAGAUGGCGAACUGCUUCAAAUUUCUGAUGUUUAA